GUAGAUUAUGUGUCAAAGGUUGAGCACGUUGUUUGGGUUAGCCGCCGCAUGUUGUUUUGAAUGAAUGACGAGGUAACCAAGCAAGAAAUUUAGUGCACACUAUAUUUUCACUUUUUACUACAACCUGCAGCCGAGCACCGCAAAAGCCUUACUGUGUACAAUAUAGAAGGUAGUACACUCACGUCCAAGAGAAACAGGGAACCAAAUGGCAGGAAUCUUGUUUGAGGAUAUAUUCGACGUAAAGGACAUUGAUCCAGAUGGCAAGAAGUUUGACAGAGUAUCUCGUCUGCAUUGUGAAAGUGAGUCUUUUAAGAUGGACCUCAUCUUGGAUGUGAACAUUCAAAUCUAUCCAGUAGAUCUUGGUGACAAAUUCAGAUUAGUAAUAGCCAGCACGUUAUAUGAAGACGGAACGCCAGAUGAUGGGGAGUACAAUCCUCAGGAUGACAGACCAUCUCGAUCAGACCAAUUUGAUUAUGUGAUGUAUGGGAAGGUUUAUAAAAUUGAGGGUGAUGAGACGUCAACAGAAGCUGCAACACGCCUUUCUGCAUAUGUCUCUUACGGUGGCCUCCUCAUGAGGCUGCAGGGAGACGCCAACAAUCUUCAUGGUUUCGAGGUGGACUCCAGGGUGUACCUUCUCAUGAAGAAACUGGCCUUUUAAACCACUCCCCUCUUUUCAUUGUUGCCUGUAUCACAGUCUGCAUCAAAACCAUAGUGAACCAAGUGCAGUGAUAAAUAACAAACUGAGGAUAUAUAGAAGUAGUGUUUGUAUUGUGCAUUUAUAGAUUGGAAAAAAGUUGGAUUGUGAAAAGAUUGUAAAAUUUAAAAACCGUUUCAACCUUCAUCUCCUCAAAAUCUGUAAAUAGAUUUUUUAUACAUAUGUUCUCACAAAAGGGCUCUUUAUUUUUUGGAUAAUGUACAUUUGAAUCAAUUUUGUGGUCCCAGAAUUAUGGAAUAGUGAUAUUUGCAAAAACUAUGCUGUGGAUUUAGGUUUAUAAAACUGCAAUUUUUGAUGGAUUUUUCUUUAUUUUAAACAAAGUAAAACCUCGAUAAUUGAACAAACGCACAUUUUCUUCGUGUUCAGUGCAGUGAAGGAUUUCAAAUUACCUUGAUUUCUGCAUAAAUUUAUUAUAUAAUGUCAUAUGAUCUUCAUCUAUGUUACAAUAGACAAAACAGUCUACUUUAAGUAAUACCACACUGACCAUUAUGUACUUAAUGUACUUAAAUUCUAAGUAUUAAGUAAGUAAAGUAUGUGAACCCCUGAAUUUAUUUGACCACCACCCAAAUAAGAUAAUUUGUUUCCUUAGGCCUAGAGUUAAUACACCAAAAUGUUGAAGCUUUUUUAUUAAACCAAAUUAUAGUUGUACUGCCAAAAUAU